UGACACAGUCUCCUUCUAUUGCUUCUAUGUAUUUCCUGAAAAAUCGAAAUAAAUAAAAUACAAUAAAUAAAAAUAGAAAAAAUGAAGAUAUUCACAAUAUCAUCUUCCAUCCGUUUCAGAAGAAGAAAGCGAUAGAAAGCGAAGAUGCGUACAGGGGAUUCUCGGGUUAGGGUUUCAAGCCAUGGAUUCUCCUGAAACCGAUCGGAUCCCUUCCUCAUCCUCCUCUCCAUCUCCGAAAUUUCAGGAUUCACCUUUCUUCAAUUACCUUAGCACUUUGUCUCCUAUAAAGCCAAGUAAGCGCACGCAUGUUGGACGAUUGUUUUCAGAGCUUAGCCUGCCUCCACAACUGCCUGUGUUUAGUUCUCCACGCAUUAAUUCCCAUCGAGAAACGGAUUUCCUGAAAAGGCCUCAAUAUUUACCCUCAUCUGAUGCUGAGUUGUCCUUAGAGUACGAUGAUGGAGGCAGGAUACUUGCAGUGGAGUCAGAAGUUUCUCAACCUUCUGCCUCCCAAUUGACAGUUGAGUUGAUCCCACACACUAAGGAAGUGUGCGAAAUUAAGGGCUCUGUGCAAGUACAUCCCUUCAGCCCUUCGGAAUGUGUUGAUGAAUUCCUGGCUGAUCCUCUCGAGGAGUGCGUGAAUUCUACUGGUUCACCUCACUUGCAUUCAAGUCAAACUACUGAUCAACCCAAAGUUUUACGGAGUGGUUGCAGUGGCUCAAAAGAAGCAAUUUCAGAUUUUGUUGAUGAAGAUGGUGAUGUUCGGAAAAAUACGAAGCAUGCAGUGGCUAUGACCCUAACUUCCUUAGGGCAGGCUGGAGAGGAUCCAGUAUGUGCAAAUUCAGUGGACCGUGUCAAACCGCCUGAGGCUGAAGGAUAUGUCAAACAGGCUGGUGGAACUCAGGAAAAGAAUGAUGAAAGGAUUCGUGAUGAGUGGCCACAUUUGGUUUCUAAGAAUGUAAAUCAUCCUUCUGAGACUGGUUUAUCUACAGAUUCUGCUUCGGUUAAACAACAUGAGCAGCAUUUAGUGGAUCAAAAUGCUCCAGACUCUGCCUCUUUUCUGUCAAGCAAUAAAGAGUGUGAGAUCGUUGACUGUGAGAAGCAAAUGGCUGUUAGUUCGUCAGGUCUUCAUAAUCAUGAAACACAAGAUGUUAAGCUGCAUCCUGCGGAAAGUGGGCAGCUGGAUGAAUGGAGUUCUACCCCACAGUUGCUUCCUGGAUCUUUCCUGACUGUCCAAGCAGAUGGUGUUCAUCAUGAGGACUCUACUGCAAUAGACAACCAGAUGCCACAUGAUUGUGAGGAAGCCAAUCAACACCAAUGUGGCAUGCGUAGACGUCUUCAAUUCGAAUCUGCAGAUGAUUGUAGGAGAAAAAUUGGGGGCAACAAUAAUUCUUGGAAUCAGUCAAAUACUCUUCUGAAUGCAUGGUCUUCUUCCAGUCCUUCCCAUGCAGAAGCAAACACAACCUCCAGCAGCAAGCAAGCAGGCAAGUCCCAGUAUGCAUUGCCCAGGUUGCCUUACCGCCCAUUUAAAGCACUACAAACCCACAUCAAUAAGGUUGACAGAUCUGCUCAGAAUGGUGGAAGUUCUCCUGUAAGAACUCCCAUGCCAUCUGGCAUUGGAUUACACUUAAACAGCAUUGGAAGCAACAUUGCAGUCAGGUCUGGUCCAAAAACACAAUUAGUUGAAAAGGAUUGUUUGAAUGCAAAACUAGGGAAGCCGCUUUCUGGGAGUAGCAGUCAUUUACCACCAGAUUCUAAGGGUUGGUUAAUCCCAGCAAGUUUAGUUGGCAAAUCUUCAAUAAGGUUAAGUGCGAAGGCAGACUCUCCUGUGGCUUCUUCCAUUGAAAACACUGAAGUGGAUCAGCAGGAAAAUCAGACCUCCAUGAUGGCAAGUUCUCCCACCAGCUUCAGAACUUCUCCACUGAAUAUGCAACCUUUGAAUUCUCUGCAGUUGACACUCACUGAGCAACAUUUGAUCCCAUGCGAGAACGGAAUGUCAGAAGAUGCUUGUAUCUUUGAGGAAAUGAGCCCCAGAAAGAAAAGGCAAGAGGAACCUUACUCUGAGGAUGUGGGCUGCAAACGUUGCAAUUGUAAGAAGUCAAAAUGCCUGAAACUCUACUGUGACUGCUUUGCUGCGGGUUUAUAUUGUGGUGAACCUUGUACAUGUCAAGAGUGCUUCAACAAGCCUGAAUAUGAAGAUAUGGUUCUUGGGACCCGGCAACAGAUAGAGUCCCGCAAUCCACUUGCAUUUGCUCCAAAGAUAGUGCGGCAUAUUGUCGAGUCUCCCCUAAACAAUGCCGAAGAUGGUAACCUGACAACACCAGCCUCAGCCAGACAUAAAAGAGGAUGCAAUUGCAAGAAAUCUAGGUGCCUGAAAAAGUAUUGCGAAUGCUAUCAGGCUGGUGUUGGAUGUUCUGCUGGGUGCCGAUGUGAGGGAUGUGCAAAUGUUUUUGGCAAGAAAGAUGGAUUUGGUGAUAUCACAGAAGUGGAACAUAGAAAGGCUGAAGAUGAACGAUUGGAGGACCUCUCUGAUCAGAAGCUGGAUGUGGUAGAGUUUAAGAGGGAUACCUUGCUCAAGGAGCAAUCCCAUGCAGACCUCUCUCCCUUAACACCAUUGUACCGGUGCUCAAGUUUUGGAAGGGAUAUGACCGAAUCUAGGCAUCCUACAAGAAAACGACGGACAUCAUCACUUGAAUCCGAAAUUUCUCUUUCAUCAUCCUACAGGAAAUCCCCAAGGUCUCCCAAAAAUUUAAACAGCAGCAGGCCUGUGACUGCAAGAGAAGCAAAUGCAGGUCUGGCUCUCCAUGAUCGGGAGCUGGACCGCCAUGUGGAAGGGGAGGUGGAUCCAUUUUCACCCGGAUGGGAUGGACUUGCAGGCUUAUGUGAUGUUACCCCACUGCAACAACAUCAUCCAUCAAAGGCUGCUGCUUCAUCAUCAUCUGAUAUUGAAUGUUCAAAGGAUCCACAGGCCCAGUUAUGUCAUGGAAGUUCGUGUUUAUCAGUCUCUCCCCAUCGUCAGCGUGGUUCUCCUGUCACUCCGACUGCUCGCUUUAGAGGCAGCAAGUUUGUCAUGCAUCCUGAUUCCAUCGGUGGGCUGAAUAGCAUUUCAGAAGACGAAACUCCGGACAUACUGAAGGAGACCUACUCCCCCAUCAAGGCAGUGAAGACGAGUUCUCCGAAUCAGAAGCGGGUUUCUCCUCCACACAAUUGCUUGCAUGAGUUGAGGAGGUCGAGUUCUUCACCGGGUUUGAGAAGUGGCCGCAAGUUCAUAUUGCAGUCUGUCCCUUCAUUCCCCCCUCUUGACUCCUUGCAGUGACCCAAAGUGAGUGAGAUGGUGGCCACCGAAUUGAGGUAAUCCUAGUUAAUGUAUCCAUGUUCUGCAACUUCAAGAGGUUGUUUUCCUUUCAUCAUCCCUCUAGGAAGACACUCUUUUAUCAUCCCUAUAGUAAGAGACACCUUUUAGAAGCUCUAUAAAGUACUGUGGCCACCAUACUAUGGAAAGUAUGUAUGGUGUGCCAUAACAUUGGUUUGAUCAACCAUGUGGAUAUGCCAUUGGCUAGAUAUUGUAGUGAUUGAAUCACUCUGACCAUCCAAUUUGGAGUUUGCUGGUUGAAUGCAGCCGGUCAUUUUUGAGGUAGCCAUCACUGUUUCAGGCCAUUGAUCAAAUGGGUUACAUCACCUUCCUUUUUGAGUUGUAGCCAUGCAUAUGGUGGUCCACAAAAUCAAUGGUCAUGUCACCAACACAAGUUUCCAUGUGUAAAGCAGGGAUAUUUUGGUCUGCAUUUUGCGGAGUUGCAUGAGUACCUAUGCCCUUCGUGCAUUUGGGUCUGUUUGGGAACAAGGACGUGGUGUUUGAUUAUACUUUUCCUUGGAAAACUAGUUUCUUCUUUUUCUUCUCCUCCUUUUAAAUUGCCUCCCAAAAAGCUAAUUCAUGGGCCUUUCCAUGUCAAUGUGAAACACCUUGUACUGUUGAACAUUGAACUUAGGUUCAUUGCCAUGGAAAUCAACUCGAAAACCAAACACCUUACAUUGACACCUGUCCCUUUGUCAUUUCCACUGAUUUCCACAUUGACUGAUUUCUGGAUGGUUUUUCCAUAUCCAUGUUAAGAUAUCACCCGCUACUCAAACGGGAUGGUAAAUAAAGGAGUUUUAAGUGCCUGGUGAACUUGAAAGUCUAUCCAUAAAAAACAGUGGCCAGUAGAGCAAGAGCUUUAGUCAUUCUAGUUUUUUCAUGAACUCGAGACUUUGUUUUCUUCUUUCGGUUUUAAACUCAAUCCAAGAUUUAAGUUAUCUGAAAUUUCUGGUUUCUUGAUUGAGUAAUCCAAUGCUGAUAGUGGGGCUCAUGUUGGUGUUUCCUUGGCAGAUAGACUCUUUCAUGAUAGGGUGGUGAAAUUUCAAUAAGAUUGCAAUUUCAGCGAAUUCUAGAAGGUUAUGGCUGUGCCUUAUUAGAACUGCUGCUUAUUACUUCUACCGAGGACCAUCGAGCAAAGUAUCAUUUCCUUCUGGCGGAUCAGAUAGCGUUGCAAGUGCAUUUAUCUAUAGAGGCUGAAUUCUUUUUCUUUUUCUUAGAUCUUAGAGUUGUUUCUCUGAUGACUUGGUGGAUAUCCACUCAAUUGCUUAUUGGCCUUGGCUCACAUCGUGUCAGAAAGAGCUUUUCUGUUGAAGGGUCCGCUGAUGACUUCGUGGAGAGGCUACAAUAAUUGCAGAGAUUAACUUCAUUUCAGCACAAAAGCAGCUGUAGUUCCAGAGAUUAACUUCAUUUCUCCCUUUCCUCUUUGAUCUCAAUAUUUCAGGCCUCCUGGCCUCCCGCAACUCUUUCGUUAUUGUUGCUGCUGUUGCUGUUGUUGUAGUGGGUGGGUGGGUGGCAGUGGUGAUGGCGCUGCGGUCUGUCUUAGCUAGAGAUAUCGAAACUUUGUUAGAUAAUACCUGUACCAAAUGCAACCAAAGGUAAGUCAAUGGAGAUGAUGCAAUGGGCCACCAGCAUUCGUGACACUUUUUUGAAUUGGGUUGAAGCCUUGAAAGGUUUCAGUGUCUGUAACUGUAGCAUGAGUUGUUAUCUUUCCCGUUAAAGAUUUUGUACCUGAACGUUUGGAGCAUAAAUUUACUCAUUUUACACAUUA